UCCCACUCAAACCAAUUAAGGCGGACUCCAGUGCGCACUCAUACGUUUCCAUCCUGCUGCAGCGACGGUGAAACAACAGGAACAGAGGAGCUGGCCAAAAAAAGAAGGAGAGAUUGCCUUGCCUUCUAAUUUCUCCCUUUCCAACACAGAACAAUGUCGAUGAGCCCUAAGCAUACGACUCCUUUUUCUGUAUCCGAUAUCUUAAGUCCUCUUGAAGAGAGCUACAAAAAAGUGAGUAUGGAGGGGAACAACUUGGGGGCUCCUCUUGCCUCGUACAGACAACCCCAAGUCACGCAAGCGGCGAUGCAGCAGCACCACAUGGGCCACAAUGGAACAGUACCCGCUGCCUACCACAUGACUGCAGCUGGAGUUUCCCAGCUGUCACAUACAGCCAUGGGGGGCUACUGUAACGGGAAUUUGGGCAACAUGAGCGACCUGCCGGCCUAUCAAGACGGGAUGAGAGGCAGCACGACGGCCACCAGCUGGUACGGAACGAAUCCUGACCCACGCUUCUCUACAAUCUCUCGCUUCAUGGGCUCCUCGUCUGGUAUGAAUAUGGGCAGCAUGAGCACUCUGAGUUCGUUGGCGGAUGUUGGUAAAGGCAUGGGUCCGCUGACCAGCACACCUCGCAGGAAGAGACGGGUACUCUUCUCACAGGCGCAGGUGUAUGAGCUUGAACGGCGGUUCAAGCAGCAGAAGUACCUCUCCGCGCCGGAAAGAGAACAUCUGGCCAGCAUGAUACACUUGACUCCGACUCAAGUUAAAAUUUGGUUUCAGAACCACCGGUAUAAAAUGAAAAGGCAAGCCAAGGACAAAGUGUCCCAGCAGCAGAUGCAACAAGACAACGGUUCCUGUCAGCAGCAGCAGCAGUCUCCACGGCGGGUGGCGGUGCCUGUAUUGGUGAAAGACGGAAAGCCAUGCCAAGGCAGCAGUCACACACCCAACACUGGUGUACAAAACCACCAUCACCAGGGGGGAAACGUCAUGAUUAUGACCAAUAACAGUACUUCAAUGAGCCAGCAUCAAAGUCAGCAGGUAGGCAGCGCCGGUCAGUCCCCAGAUCUGGGUCAACAUGCCGCAAGCCCCCCAUCCCUCCAAACCCAGGUUCCCGGCCUGUCACACCUGAACUCUUCCGGUUCCGAAUAUGGAGCUGCGUUGCCCUGCUCCGCUCUGCUUUAUGGCAGGACGUGGUGACAGACAAUAACACAAUAACGAAAUUACGACAGGUGGAUGCAGAUUAUGUGUACACUAUGCUCAGCUCAUAAAGACCAUGCAAACUGGGGUUGCGCUCCGAAAUCAUUAUCUCCUUUCUCGGAGGGAGAAGUGACAAGGCUGCAAGCAACGCGAGGAUUGCCAAAUGUCAAAGGUAUCAAAUCUUUUAUUGUGAGGAUGAGCGCCAAAACAUCAUUAAGAAGAUGGAAUUAUUUAUAUACACUAGAUUUUAAACGGAGACUGACUAAAACACUAAAACACAAAUAUUCCUGAUGGAUUUUUAAAAAUGUCCCUUUCAACAAUGAAGAUGUCUCCCCUCACAUUUAGACUGCUAAAUACCUUUCAUGAUUUCUUAUAGAUUUCACUGUAAAACGUA